GUGACUGUUGGUUGCCAUAGCAAAUUGUCGACUGUCUGGAAACAUGGCGUCCCAUGAAAGUGUUGGGCACUCGGUAGGAAUGCCGCAUGGCAGACGGGCACUUGGUGUUUCACACUCGUUACCCAUGGGCGGGAUGGAUUCCUACGCUCCACCGGAUGCUGUGCAAGAUUUCCACCGGCAUCUGAACAAACUGUCCGGGCUGCAGCCGUCUGACUGUGAGAGCUUCCGCACUGAGCUUAACCUGCUGCUGGACCAGCUGAUCUCCCAGGAGUACACUGCGGGAGGCCCGGGCAUCAGGGCGGAGGAGGUCUGUUCCUUACUCGUUCAAGCUUGUCGUCUUGUCCAACUGAACCAAGAACACCUUGUCAGUAAAGUUUGCCAGCUUAUACAUUAUUUGCUGAACAGACUUCAGGUGAUUGUCGAUGAGAAGAAUUUGGAUUUUCUCCUCGGGUUUUCUAUUUCUGCCUUGAAACAAUGUAGCUCUUGGACACAUGUGGAGAUUCUGCAUGCAUUGGCAGCAUUAGUGUACACCAACGGGCACAAAUGCCAGAAGUAUCUUCCAGAUUUACUGGGGCCAUCUGGAAUCCUGGUACAAUUAAGCGAUCCUGUCAAGUCAGAUCCUGAGUUAUUGAGAGCUGCUGUUCAUAGCAUGGCCAACAUAUGUCUCUGUGUUCCUGGAGAAGCUUACUUGGAAGAACCAUACCGACUGACCUGUUUUAAAAUUUUUCUUGCUGUCCUUCAAGCCUCAAAAUUUAACAUGGUGGAUGAAAUUUCAAUAUGCACUUUGUUACAAAAUGCUUUGAAAGGCGUCCAGUCUAUUUUGAAUGGUAGCAAAAUGAUUUUAAUGGAAACUGAUAAACUUGGAUCGCUGCUUGCUGUGUUAAAGAAAUACAUCUUUCAUGGACUUCCUGGACUCAAUAUAGAAAUGCCUUCAGUUCUGUAUCCAUCACCGUUGCCUCAGUAUGAUGGAAGAUCGCCUUCAAAACCUGACCAAAGUGAAUCCACUUCAGUUCGUCCAACUUGGAAUAGAAAGAAGAAAUCUAGAGGUAAACAGAAGAAAAGCCAGCAGGGAGAAGAAAAAAAGGAUGAUAUGGAGAAUGAAUUGGCAGAUAGUCUCCCACCUGCCCUGGACAAACUAACAGUGGGUGCACGAGAGGCAAAUUCAGGUGUCUACCUGGGUCCCCAAAAUUCACCGAUAAAAUCUACUGGCAAAGAUGCUGCUGCUUCACCUUCUUCAAGAUUUAAGAAACUAUACAGUAGUGACUCUGAAUAUUCAGAUGCAGAAGGAGGUCUCCAAAGUAAAAUAAGGUCUUUCCAAGCCAAAGUUCGACAAGGAGCAUUAUCCUGCUUUCUGUCUACAAUAAAGUCAAUUGAAAAGAAAGUUCUUUAUGGCUACUGGUCAGCGUUUGUUCCAGAUAUGCCUGGAAUAGGAAGUCCACAAUCUGUAUCUUUGAUGACUGUUGUGCUUAAAGAUUAUUCUCCAAAGACCCGUGCAUGUGCUCUUCAAGUGCUGUCUGCUAUACUCGAUGGUUCAAAACAAUUCCUUUCGGUUGCUGAUGAUGCAGAUGAUCAUAAAAGAGCCUUCACUGCUUUUUCCGUUAUGCUUGCUUCAAGUAUACGGGAGCUGCACAGGUGCCUGCUGCUAGCAGUGGUUGCCGAGUCUUCUGCUCAAACAUUAACACAAAUAAUUAAGUGCCUUGCAAAUUUGGUGUCCAAUGCACCAUAUCAUCGGUUGAAACCUGGCUUACUCACCAGAGUUUGGAACCAUAUUAAACCUUACAUUCGUAAUAAAGAUGUGAAUGUUCGUGUCUCAAGUCUUACGUUACUGGGUUCUAUUGUAUCUGCUCAGACACCUUUACCUGAAGUUCAACUUCUUUUACAACAACCUGUUGUUUCACUGCUGCCAAAUGCUGGCCCUACAGCCAUUAGUCCGCUCAGUGAUCCAGACUGGUGGAGGAAAGAGACCGUUCAGGAACCAGAAGGGAAAGCAAGCCUUCCUCCUUCUGUCCAGACACCGUCUGAGUCCUGCUGGCUAAUACGGUUGUGCAUCUCCUUGGUAGCUAAUCCCAGAGAAGACUCCUAUUCUGAUAGUGAUGCUAGUUCUGCAGCAAUUCUUCAGUAUGAACCUUCUCCUGUCCGACUUGAAGCACUGCAGGUACUGGCCCGUCUUGUUAAAGGAUACUUUAUUAUGGCACAGAGUUAUCUCAUGGAGCUGGGGGAGGUGGCCUGCAAGUGUAUGCAAGAAACAGAUGCUUCAAUACAGUUACAUGGUGCUAAGUUGUUAGAAGAAUUGGGAACAGGAAUAGUCCAACAGCAGAAACCAGAGUCUUCAGUUCCUGUUUCUCAGAAGGUGACUGUUGUGCAGGCUGCAGCAUUCUGGAACAUGAUAUUGAGUGGUCCUUUGCCUGGAGCCUUACAGAAUGAGCAGCACCCUACACUGCAGACCAGUGCUUGUGACGCCCUUUCAUCUGUUUUGCCAGAGGCUUUCACCAGUUUAGCAUAUGACCGUCAGAUACUGUGUAUAACACUGCUGCUGGGUCUGAACCACAGUGAAAAUCCCCUGGUGAAAGCUGCAGCGGCACGAGCCCUUGGUGUAUACAUCCUGUUUCCGUGUCUGCGACAGGACGUCAUGUUUGUGGCCGAUACAGCAAAUGCAAUUUUGAUGUCUCUCAGUGACAAAUCUCCAAAUGUGCGUGCCAAAGCAGCCUGGUCACUAGGCAACCUGACGGAUACGUUAAUCGUUAAUAUGGAGUCUGUGGGACAUACUUUCCAGGAAGAAUUUUCAGACCUGUUGCUUUUGAAAAUGCUGAGGUCAGCAAGUGAGGCAUCAAGAGACAAAGAUAAGGUCAAAAGCAAUGCUGUCCGGGCUUUGGGGAACUUGCUCCAUUUUUUGCAGCCAUACCAUAUUGUAAAACCAAGGUUCAGUGAAAGCAUCGAAAGCUCAAUUCAGGCCCUAAUUGCAACAGUACUUGGGGAUGGAACUAUGAAAGUAAAAUGGAACGCAUGCUACGCACUAGGAAAUGUGUUCAAGAAUACGGCUCUUCCUCUUGGUAAAGCUCCAUGGAGCGCUGAUGCUUAUAAUGCCCUCACCACUGUUGUCAAAUCCUGUAAGAACUUUAAAGUCAGGAUCAAAUCAGCAAUGGCACUAUCCACACCUGCAAGUAGGGAACAGUAUGGAAGUGUUGAACAAUUUGCCAAUAUCUGGAAUUCAUUAAUUACAGCAUUGCAAAAGAGUGAAGAGACAGAAGAUUUUCUGGAGUUUAAAUAUUGUUCUAGCUUACGAGCACAAAUUUGUCAGGCUUUGAUACACAUGCUGAACAUGGCAACUGUAGAAGAUCUGCCCUGCAUUCAUAAGGCUUUGAUAGAGGAAGGAGGCACCAUCAAGAAUUACAUGCUGCAGUACCUGAAGUUGGGUGUGGAUGGAGAAGAAACACAGGGCGAAUAUGAACACCGGGAUCAGAUGCUCAAAAAUGCAAUAGGCCAUGUACGCAGUCUACAGGACCCCACAGUAGGCAUGAAAAAGAUCACCGAGGUGACUUUCUUUGAAGACAUUUUACGGAGUUGUGUGAGAGAAAUAAAAGCUUAGCCAAAGAAAAUGUACAGUAUAUAUAUACCAAUAUGCAUGUUCUAAUUUUAUAAUGCUGUAUACAAGAUGAUGUGCAUUAAAGGGAGUCUGUCACCUCCAUAUGGCCAUAUACA